AUGCCAGGACCUCUGCUUCAUAUUUUUGUGUCAAAACUAAUGGAAAUUGAAACAAAGUUGGUAUACACUGAUGAGGCCAAAAUUUCCCUUGAGUUUGGGAUGGUUCAUAUCACACAAACAGCACAUCAACAUCCUGAAAAACCACCUAAGGACAGCACUUUGCACUACAUUGGAAAACAGUUCCAUAUGACCUUCUGGGAAGACAACACUUGCCACAGGCAGCAGGAGUACACAGCAGCAGCAGCCAAGUUCUCCACAGUUACGGGGUUAAAGAAGCACAAUCACCACAGAGGAGUCAGUGCAAACCAGCCCUUGAAGACAUCACCAAAAGAUGUUUGCACUGUUGCCAGUGAUAUUGAGGCAAAGCUUCUGAUAUGCCACUUAAAACUGGGGAAACCUGAUAUUGCUCUGAAUCAUUCACACAGGAGCAUUAUUCCAAACCCAACUUCUCUCCAGAAUCACCUGCACCAAGCUGCUUGAUUCUGGUGCUUACAGAAAUAUUCUGGAGCUGCAAGGUCAUCACGGAAUUUACAUGUGGCAGACAUGGCUGCAUCUCCACCUACCCAGCAGUACUUACUUACUCUAGAUUUCAGAAACAAAUAUAUUGGAAAAAACUUGGAAAGGUCUUUAACUAGAAAACAGCCAAUCUUUUCAGACCAGAAAGCACCUUUCAGUCCUACCAUGGAUGAAGAAACAAAAAGACUGGGGGAAAGCAGUGAGAAAAAGAUCAUACCAGUAAUGGAUUUUAUAAGAAGCACCAGAAUAAGUAUAAGGUUCCUUUCUGCAUCAGGUGUGAUGGAGAGGUUCCAUUACACGAGCCUCCUUGGUUGCUUGCAGAGAGUGGAGGAACAGUCCCAAGUGAUGAAUCAAGUGAUGCCUGAGCUGGCCACCCUUCCCUACCUACAGAAAGUCUCUUGGGAGGGUGCCAAACUGCUGCAGUCACUAAUGGCUGAUGCCAUGGACAUCCUUGAAGGAAGAAGUGAAGAAGAUUGUGUGUGGACUAAAAUUCAGAAGCUUAAACACAAAGAAAUGAAAAAUGAUCUCAUAAUUAGCUGGAGACAAGAGAACAUCACUGCGCAGAAGAUGCCUUUCUUGGUAUUACUGGGCUAUGACUGCAGCCACAAGGAGAGCUGA